AUGGCCCAUCAGCGAAGACAAAAGCUGGUGCCACCAAGUGGUACCAAACAUGCCGUGCUGGUGGACAAGAAGCCCGACACUCGCCGUUUGACCCGGGAAGAAGAAAGAAUCAAGGUUUAUGCCUUCGAAAAUGGAGUGGGGGAAGGAUAUGGGAAGGAUGUAGGAUGUAGGAUGGAAGGUUGGCAAGCCUGGACUUGCACGGGGCUCUUGCUUAGAGGAUUACUCGUUGCCUUGCAAUUGAGACAUGCUGCUUUGGCCACCGCAAGUGGUAUAAAAGUGUGGAUGGAGAGCUCAUACUCCAUGUCCCUGCAGUUUGCUGAUGUUGAACUCCGCACGCCGAAUACAAUUAUAUAUACACUAUAUAUAUAUAUAGCUAAGAUUUCGCUGCUGCCGAAAGCCUGUCUCCGUGUUGAGGAGAGCCAGAGCCAGCUUUGUGGAAUCAUCAGAUCAAUCUCGGCGGUCAGGUUUGGAAGCGACGCGAGCAGAUUGCAGUUUUACCGUACCACACAGCACAUUCCAAGUCCCAGUGAACUCUUGAGAGCGCGCUGGUGGCUGCAGAUGAAACAAUGUGAACUUCGUGAUGCUUCAAAUCGAGAUGACGACAUGCUCAAGGAGGAGGUUGCGGCUCGUUGGGCACCUUUGAGACAUCGUUGCCACGCCUGGCGCCGAAAGGUUGAAGACACUGAAGGAACCUCAUCAACCCAAAUACCUUGGUCAUAUCGAAUUUGCUUCAACAGCGAUGCCGUCUCCUGGGCACCAAAACCAUGGCUUCAGCGCAUCGACUUAGGCUGGUACAAUGCAAGCUUGGACGAAGAUCAUGCCAAUGGCUCGCUUACACUCCACUAUGUGAACAGCAUCACUCGCAGCGAACUCGCAGUGCAAUGUCGUUGCGGCCAGGGCCCGGAAAUCAUUUCCUGGAGGGGCGGCUUCAAUCACACCUUGGAGCUGCUACUUCCCACUUGCUGCCGGCUCCGGGUCGAAGCUGGUGAGUCGAUGUCUGUGCAGGAGAUCUUCCAUUGGUUGCUGGCACCGGUGGCGCGUUUGGACUUGCCCUGCUUGGGCCAGAAAAGAGGCCGUUGGGACUACACGCUGUGCUUUAGCGGGAACAUCUCACAGGCUACGCUUAGCCGCGUUCCAUCUACGAGUGAACGGAAGGCCAUGCGCGAGGUGUUGCUGGGAGGUCCUGCUGACGAGGUGCCACGGUUGGUGGCUGCGGAGCCAGUGGUUCCUGGACAGCCGGUGGAGACAGGUUUGGGUUCGUCAGAUGAUGGGAAUGCUCAGUGGGCUACGGUACCUGCGAUGUUGUCCGAGGCCUUGGGCUCAAAGCACAAGGCCUUGGAGCUUGAGCUCUCUGAGGGCCAGGACUGCCUAGCUGCAAAUGGCACCCGCAAGCAUCGAACCCGCCUGCGGUGGCUUUGCCCAGCAACCUGGCGCUCCUUCGCACCUGACCGCGAUGGAGGUCAUACAGCGCUGCUGGCGGUGGAGCGGCCCACAGGUUGCGACUGGGUUGCCUGGAUUGCCUCCACGCUGCUUUGCACUUGGCGGCCCCUGCGGCCUCGAGCCAGCGUGGUGCGGCAGCUGAGCUGCCGGUCGGAAAAGGGACAGAGAGACGUGGCCAAGCCGGAGGAGCUAAUCAAGCGGGAGUCGGCUGUGCGACCUGCUGCGCCAAAGCUGCCGGCAGCUUUUGAAGAGCACACAGAUCGGAGUGGUAUCCUUUACCAUGUGGGGCAGCGGGUGGUGGUGCUUUCUGACGGGACAGAAGGCAUCAUUAUUGCUUGGGACAAGACGCCUCGAGCAGAUUUGUUGGCCUUGCGAUUGGACGAUGAUGACAUGUCACAGUCCCCGCACUUUCUUCUAGCCGCUGUGCGAGGGCAUUUUCCAGCAACCGGCGCGCUGGCCCACGGGGCAGUGGAUGUCCCUGGUCACGUGGCUUACAUCGCGCAGGAAGACUUGGUUUUGUUGUCUGGAGACUUUGAACCAGGCCAGCUUCCUCCUGGUUUUGCUAAAUAUUUUGAUGAGUCAGGUGACGAGAAGAGCUGUGAAUGGUCUCGCAUGUUGCGUUUUGCCGUGGGCCGUUGGUGGAGACGGGACCAUCAAUUUCACACUUAGACUUAGACUUGAACUGGAAAGUGUAUCAUAUAUAUUUGUUGCUACUAGUAGCUUCUUGUUACUAGUAGUACGGCCAGGAGCCCGUAGUAGCUUCUUGUUCCUAGUAGUACGGCCAGGAGCCCCUAGUAGCGAUGCCCUUUGCUCCCAGUUUCUGGAAUAGGUUCGGUGUGAAAGACCAAACCGUUCCUGUGGGCAGGGCGACCUUUGACAUGGUUGGCAAAGUUUUAUCCAGCCGAUCAAUGGUUUGGAGGUGCAGGCGGUGCAUACCCUUCUCUCGCGCAAGAAUCAGCUGAGAUGCCAUGGCAAGACCGGGUACAAGAUGUACUUGUGCUGCCCUCACUACCCAGAGUUGUCCAUAUGUCAAUGCAGGAUAUGUUAGUGGACUGAGCAAUUUGAGUAGUUUGGAAAGAUAUGUUUCGGUUUUUUGAAGACUUGUUCAUUAAAAAGAACAGUUGCUGCAUAACAAUGAAGCCAGGCUUGGCCAGAGAAAUUGUCAAACCAGUUGGCAUGUGAAACUUGCAAGACGGACGAAGCCCGGCCUGUAGCUAUUUUAUCCUGUCAUGUAAGAUAUGUUGUUGUUGUUGUUGCUGUUGUUGUUUGUGAAGGGGAAUAGUGGCGCC